CCGAGAAACUGUGUUCAGAUAAGGUUCAGAUAACGUUCCAGGCAUGGUUACAGACGACACACCAUUGUAAACCGUUUGGAAUAUGGCGUCGAUCGUGUUGAAGGUUGCAGGUCUGUCGCGGUGGGUCAGACACACUCUGCCCAGCAGGGCGCUCACAACCUCAACAUCUCGUCGCUCGAGGGUUCCGGGCUCCCUUUGGAAGUUGGGAAAGCUGAACCACAUUGCCAUUGCCGUCCCAGACAUUGAGAAGGCUACGUCGCUGUACCGAGACGUCCUUGGUGCGACGGUCAGUGACAAGCUGCCCUUGCCAGAUCACGGGGUCUACACGGUUUUCGUGGAGCUCGGAAACACAAAGCUUGAACUCCUCCAUCCUCUGGGGGAUAAGAGCCCGAUUUCGGGCUUCCUACAGAAGAACAAGUCUGGGGGAUUGCACCACAUCUGCAUCGAGGUCGAAGAUAUAAAUGCGGCAAUAGCAGCCCUGAGAGUCAAGAACAUCAGAACCCUUUCGGCCAUGCCACAGAUCGGCGCCCACGGCAAACCUGUGAUCUUCCUCCACCCAAAGGACUGUGAUGGGGUACUGGUGGAGCUGGAAGAGGCCUGAAGCUCCCUGAACCAGGGAAAUCCCCUGGUUCAUUCAGAUCCCCACCCACUGGUCCUCCCACAACACCAACUUGGAUGUGGUACUCUCACAGGAUUUGUCUGAGUCAUUUGUCUCUGCUUCUUUUCUGCAGGUCCAUGCGUCUUGAAUGUGAUUCAAUAGGAGUUUGAUGCUCUUGAUGAAUAAAGAUGUGAUGGUU